UUUUCACCUGAUGGAACCAGAAUUGUGUCUGGCUCUUGGGAUAAGACAUUGAGAAUCUGGGAUGCCAAGACUGGAACUCAGAUUGGUGAGCCUCUGCAGGGUCAUACUGAUUAUGUCAACUCAGUUGCAUUUUCACCUGAUGGAACCAGAAUUGUGUCUGGCUCUGGGGAUAAGACAUUGAGGAUCUGGGAUGCCAGGACUGAAACCCAGAUGAGUGUACCUCUGCAGGGUCAUGCUGAUUCUGUUACCUCAGUUUCAUUUUCACCUGAUGGAACCAGAAUUGUGUCUGGCUCUGAUGAUGAGACAUUGAACAUCUGGAAUGCCAGAACUGGAACCCAGAUUGGUGAGCCUCUGCAGGGCCAUGCUGAUUCCAUUACCUCAGUUGCAUUUGCACCUGAUGGAACCAGAAUUGUGUCUGGCUCUGAUGAUGAGACAUUGAAAAUUUGGGAUGCCAGU